UUAAAACGUGUGUUAAAAACAUUGUUUAAAAAAAAGCACUGAGUGGAAUUUUACUACUGAAUUCCAGAUAACUGUCACUAUAUACUACAGUAAACUCUAGAUAAGUAGGUAAAGAAGAGAAACAGCAGAUAUCUCAGUGUAACAUCACAAACUACGCCUAUACAAUCCAUACAGCAAAGUUUUGCUAAGCCAUGGAUUACCUGAGUUUUGUGUUGUGUCUUCUACUAGCAUGGAUUGUAAUCCAUCUCUUCCUUUCAAAUGUAAGGAGGAAAGAUGAUGAAUCAAACCCAAGGAGACUACCACCAGGUCCACCCACUAUACCCAUCUUUGGGAACCUCUUUAGCCUCGGCAAAAACCCACACAUCUCUUUGACUGAACUUGCCAAGACUUAUGGCCCACUCAUGACUCUGCAGCUCGGCCAAGUGCCAGCAGUGAUCAUUUCCUCAUCUGUCAUGGCCAGAGAAGCCCUUCAAAAACAAGAUCUUUAUUUGUCUAACAGGUUGGUCAUUGAUGCUGUUCGUGCACUUGAUCACCACAAAAGUUCACUGUCCUUUUUGCCAGUUUCCCCAGAAUGGCGAAAGCUUCGAAAAAUCUGCAAUUUAAGAGUAUUUUCAGCCAGUAAGCUUGAGAUGAGCCAAAAUCAGCGAAAAGAAAAAAUGAGGGAUCUCCUUGCCUACAUCCAAAAACGAAGCGAAGAUGGUUUAUCGGUGGACAUUGGUCAAGUAGCAUUCACUACAACGCUGAAUAUGUUAUCAAGCACUUUCUUUUCACUGGAUUUGGGUGACCCCUGUACCAAAUAUGCUUCUGAAUUUAGAAAGACUGUGCGAGGUGCACUGGGAGAAUUGGGAAAACCCAACUUUGCUGAUUAUUUCCCUCUAUUGAAGAAGAUAGACCCACAAGGCAUCAGACGGCGUACAAGUAUACACUUUGGUAAGAUGAUUGAUCUAUUCAACACCAUAAUUGAACCACGGUUGCAGGGCAAGAGACCAUUAGAAUCAUUACCAGGGGAUGAUUUUUUGGAUGGCUUACUAGGCAUCAAUCAAACAGAUUCUGAAGAAAUAGAAGUAUCAAAAAUACCUCAUCUGUUACUGGACCUAUUUGGUGCAGGAACUGACACAACAUCGAGCACUUUAGAAUGGGCAAUGGCAGAAUUACUCCACAACCCAGAAAAGCUGAAAAAAUCACAAGCAGAGCUCCACGAAAUCAUAGGGAAAGGAAAAACAAUUGAAGAGACUGACAUUCCACAGCUCCCAUAUUUGCAGGCUAUUGUCAAGGAAACCUUAAGGCUAUACCCAGCAGUACCACUUCUCCUGCCACGACAACCUGAUUCAGAUGUGAAGCUAAUGGGUUUUACAGUGCCAAAAAAUGCACAAGUAAUGGUCAAUGUAUGGGCAAUUGGGAGAGAUCCGGACCUGUGGGAGAACCCAAACUUAUUUGAGCCAGAAAGAUUUUUAGGAUUGGAAAUUGACGUAAAAGGUCAUGAUUUUGAGCUGAUUCCAUUCGGUGCUGGCCGGAGAAUUUGUCCUGGGUUGCCAUUGGCGAUUCGAAUGAUCCAUUUAAUGUUGGGAUCACUGAUUCACGGGUUUGAUUGGAAGCUGGCAGGAGAUAUUCCACCAGAGAAGAUGGAUAUGGAAUCGAAGUUUGGGCUCACGUUGGACAAAGCUCAGCCACUCCAUGCUAUUCCACUUCUUCAUGUCUGAGUUUCACAGACAAGAUUUCAAGAGUCAGAAUUGAAGGAAAGUUCAGUGGUUAGCAUUGGACCAUUUAUAUAAUAAAUGAGUGCUCAUAUGUAAUAUGUGUAUCGUUGCACACAUGUCACUUGAAGUUGUGUGUUAUAAGUAGAUAAGAGGAUUACAAUCCUACAGGUUAAUAAUAAAGCAUAGAAGUAUGCUAGAUGUUAAAGAUUGCAAAGCCACGAAGUGUAGAGCUGAUCUAGCAUCUGCUCAUCCAUGUGAAUAUUCCCUUGGCCAAGCUAGGGAUAUCAGGAACUUUUCGAAAGUUUCAGAUGUUCUACACCAGGCAGUGCAUGUUCAAUUGCCCAAGAGCUGUUGUAACCGACACAUUGCUA